CACUCUGCCGUAACGAUGUCUACAUAUUUCUACGAGUUGCCUACCACUGGCGCGAUAUUCUUUACCGGAAUAUGCGAUGACCGUUCGGCCUUGUAUACGGCCGAGGUUGCACAAGCGACAGAGGCUCGCGCUAACCUACGCGCAGCUCUGAAGGAGAGUAAGCGUGCGGACGAUGGCGGCAAGGAUUACCUGAAAUUGGUCAAAGUACUCGACGACUAUCUCCCGCAAUUAUAUAGCAUAUUAAAUUGCCUGGAGUAUGGAGAGCUCGUGUUGAAGACGGAGCCAAUGUUUAGCUGGCGCACCACGCUAUCCUCGUCUGUCUUCCACAACUCACCACGCAUCUCGAUACCGACCUUAUCCACUGAGCUGAUCUUCACCUUGUUGACUUAUGCCUUCGCCCUAUCAAACCUCGCUCGAACUGUGGUCCAUUCACUUGGAGAAUACGAGAAAGACCGUGCUAUCUCUGAUGCGGAGAGAAAAGUGAAGGAUGAACGCCUUGGCUUCGCUGUCACGCUGCUAUGCAAAGCCGCUGGGGUCUUUGAGUACAUCGCAAAAGACUGCUUGGCGGAAUGGGAGCGAGAGCGAGAGCGAGUGCUAGCCGCUGGUUUAAACUGUCCGCGUCCUCCAGAUCUGAGCAGAGAAGUCAUAGUCGGGCUAAGCAAAAUGGCUCUAGCCGACGCGCAAACACUUGCCAUUCGGAAACUUCUCUCUAAAUCAGCGUUUGACAGCGCACUCACCCCUGGUCCUCCUCUUCCCAAGUCACAUCCUUCUCCAGUGCUCAUCGCUAAGUUGCAUCUCGAAUGUGCAGCCCUCUAUUCCUCUGCCAGGUCUCUUGCGAAGAUGCCAGGUGACUAUCGCCCUGCGUCUGGCAAGAGCAAGAUACAUCUGCACAUCGGCAAAUCCAAGGAUCGGGAUAGCGCGGUCAGAGAUGAAGGUGGAGAGGAAGUUGCGCCCGAGUUGCGCAGAUACCUCGCUGAGGAAGCAGCAUUCCACGCUGCCCUCGCCCGCAAAUGGUUGGGGGUCGAUGCCGGAGAAAAUGGUGACACGGCGAAAGGCGGCAUAGCGGUAGCUUUUCUCGCGUGGGCCAAGAAAGAGUUAGAGGACCUCAAGAGCGGCACAGGUGUGUUGAACUCGGAUCGGGAGAAAGAGAUGCGGGAACGAAGAAGGGACAAAGUCACGCAGGAAUUGGAAAGUGUGAAUGUAUUUCUUAGAGGUUACAAAAAUAUGAAUGAUACGGUUGCAUUUCAACCCGUCCCACCGCAAUCGGAGUUGCAGGCAGCCAUUCCCGCAGGACGUCUGGCAGUGACUGUGCGACCGUACGCGAAGCCUACUCCUGCAUUUGGCCCUGGCUCGGUUGAAUAUAUCCGACGACAGGCGGAGCAGCUUGAGCUUGCAGAGCUUAUGAGCGAAGAGGAUGUGAAGACCCACCAUAUCACAGAUACUGUGAGCUCUCAAACUGCUGGUUCCUAUGCUGGAGAAGGCUCGUACUUUUAAAGUCUCUUAUGUAGCAAUAUUCCACGCAAUUUAACUCAUGAUGACGGCGAGCGGCUAAUAGCUGUCCAGUUCAUGUCUGUCUUAUUACGAUGGUAUACCCACAGAAUAUCUAUACAUGCUACUGAUGAGGGCUUCCUAGAUCUUCGCGAUCGACUGAGGUUUCUUGAUAUCCGAC